CCAUCCGCACUUCAACCGUGGAUAUGGCGGACAGGCGUGUCCCUCUUGGUUCCCGGCAAGUAGAGCUGUAUAUGCGACCCGUGUUCCUGUAGGAUAACUGCCGUUGCCAGAUCUUUUUUCGGAGGGAAAUCUGACAGCUUUUGCCAGCGCUCUGCCGCGAUUUGCUGACAAGCCUCUAGCCCUGCUCCAGCGACUAUGCAACUGGUGCUAGGUGGCGCGGGGAUUGACUGGGCUUUCACCGCUGGCACAUGUCUGAGCUUUGGCUUGUUCAAACGUACGCGGCGCACGCCAGUGCUUGAAAGCCGUACCAGCCACCGCAGUGUCAAACAUGAUGGUGGACUACGAGAGCUGAUAAGCGAUGGAGCUUGUGAAGGACAGUGGAGAGUAUGCGGCGUGUCUGAUGCUCACCUUCGACCGGAGGUAACUGUUCUUAGUUGCUCACAAGUCAUCGCACCCCUACAUCGCGCAGGAGGAUCGUCGCCCAACGGAACUGGUCGGCCUGGGAAUCAGCAGUCAGCUAACACAGGUCAGUCUCGCCAUGUUCGAAGAGAAGUACGACACUGGCCACUUUCGUGAGCUUCCUUGUUCUUAGCCAAGAAACUUCGGCCAGCGAACACGAUACUCGCCCAACGUCGGUGGCGCACGCCAACGUCUCGGAAUGUCCAUUAAAGCAACUGCCGAGGGUCGAUCUAUCAGUUGACGCCACCACGUAGUACUCGCAUACUGAAUAUCAUGGUGAGUACCUUUGACGCUGCACUUCUCAGGUGGAGACCUGAGCUGGCGAAACCGGAACCAGAGUGGGGAGCAUCGCCCAAAGACGCAUGGCAAGAUGAUAGUUGACGAAGCCAGGACUCCUCAGUAGGUCUUGAUGUAGGUCAAGUAGCUAUACUACAACUCUUUGUGCG